CGCGCGCGCCAUGGCCGGCCCGCUGGAGCGCUGCGAGCGCGAGUGGCACGAGCUGGAGGGGGAGUUUCAGGAGCUGCAGGAAACACACCGGAUCUACAAGCAGAAGCUGGAGGAGCUGACCGCGCUGCAGACUCUGUGCAGCAGCUCCAUCCACAAGCAGAAGAGCCGGCUAAAGGAGCUGAAGCGCACACUGCAGAGGUGUAAGUGCCAUGCCCGUCGGGAGGAGGCGGAGCUCAUCCAGCAGAUGGGCACCAACAUCAAGGAGAGGCAGAACAUCUUCUUCGACAUGGAGGCCUACCUGCCCAAGAAGAACGGGCUCUACUUAAAUCUGGUCCUUGGCAAUGUGAACGUGACACUUCUCAGCAAUCAGGCCAAAUUUGCCUACAAGGACGAGUAUGAGAAGUUCAAGCUCUACCUGACCAUCAUCCUGCUCCUGGGUGCUGUGGCCUGUCGGUUCGUCCUUCACUACAGGGUGACCGAUGAGGUCUUUAACUUCCUGCUGGUGUGGUACUACUGCACCCUGACAAUCCGGGAGAGCAUUCUCAUCAGCAAUGGCUCCAGAAUUAAAGGCUGGUGGGUGUCUCACCACUACGUGUCCACGUUCCUAUCUGGAGUGAUGCUGACCUGGCCGAAUGGACUCAUCUAUCAGAAGUUCCGCAGUCAGUUUCUAGCGUUUUCGAUUUUUCAGAGCUGUGUGCAGUUUCUGCAGUACUACUACCAGAGGGGCUGCCUGUACCGGCUGCGGGCCCUGGGCGAGAGGAAUCACCUGGACCUCACAGUGGAAGGGUUCCAGUCCUGGAUGUGGCGAGGCCUCACCUUCCUCCUCCCUUUCCUGUUCUGUGGCCACUUCUGGCAGCUCUAUAACGCCGUCACGUUGUUUGAGCUCUCCAGCCACGAGGAAUGCCGAGAAUGGCAGGUGUUCGUGCUGGCGCUCACCUUCCUCGUCCUCUUCCUUGGCAACUUCCUGACCACACUUAAAGUCGUGCACGCCAAGCUGCAGAAGAACAGAAGCAAGGCCAAGAAGCCAUGAGCCCUGGGGCUCGUGCGCCCCUGGAGCCCUGGACUUUGAGACUGCAGGGGGGUUCCAGUUGGUGCCCUGGCUGCUGACGUCUGCCCCACAGUGCCAGUGGUCGCCUGCAGCAGCCACCUCAGGGGCCAGCACCGCGCUGGGAGCAGGGCCUUGCCCUGGUCUAGCGCCGACAAAAGGAAUGUGACCCCAGCCUGUCCUCGAAGUAUUAGCCCCAGCCGCCCUAUUUAUGACAUAUUUAAUACCCGGCCUGCCUGCUGCCUGACCACCUGUGCCC